AUGGCGUUGACUGUGAAGCAGCUCAAUGCUGAUGCCUCGUUCCUACUAACCUUUGAACCCAUCGUCCCCGAGUCAAUACCGGGUAUCACUGCAAGGCCGUUCCGGAUCCUGAUGGAUCCAUGGAUCACAGGACCAUCCACCAUAUUCCAUUCCAUACUCUCAACCGCGACCCAUAAAGAGUGUCCAUGCGUUUGUUCUCUACAACACCUGCCUGAACCCGACCUUGUCAUCAUAAGCCAGCACAAGAGCGACCACUGCAACGAAGCAACACUCCGGCAGCUGCCCGCCAGCGGGACAAGAACGCUGAUAUUGGCGGAACCCGCAGCGGCCAAGGUGAUCCGGAGCUGGAAGUACUUCGACAAGGACAAGGUGCACACCAUUCCGCGAUGGGAGGAUCCGCAGGCAACUAGGAAGCAGUCGGUGAUUAGGGUGAAAGUGCCUCCGUUCUUGCCCGGCGGCGAAGCUGGCGAGGUGACGAUCGCCUUCAUCCCACAACGCAGAGACUUCAAGGGCUUACAUGCCGCCGUUGGAAUCACGUACCGGCCACCACCGACGUGGCCAAGGUUCACCCACCUCCUGACGCCUCCGGAGACGCCCGUCUCGCAGCAGUCCCGCCUCGUCACGCCCCAUAUCACGAUGACGUCCCAACAAAGGUCCAGAAAUGCGCCCACGUACCUCAGUCUCCCGACGCCCCCCGAGACACCAAGCAGCAGGUCCUUAUGCUCCGUCCGCUCCGCCACCUCCGUCUCGCCGGCUCCGGACGCCCGCGACAGAGCCGUCUCCGUCAUCUUCUCGCCACACGGCAUCUCGUACCGUUGUCUCGAAAACUACGCCAACACCCAUUUGAAGGCCGAAGCGGCGCUGCCUCUAACAGCCCUCUUGCACUGCUUCGACACAGUGUCGAUUCCGUGGUGGCUCGGCGGGAACAUCUCGGCAGGUAUGCCGGCGGGCCAGGAGACGGCGGCGGCGUUAGGGGCCAAGGCAUGGGUCAGCACACACGACGGUGACAAGGAUGUGAAGGGGCUGGUGACCAAGAUGCUGAAGACGAAGAGGUACACACAGAAGCAGGUUGCCGCCCCGGCAUCGUCUGGUCAGAGGCGUGUUGACAGGUACGGUCGUCGGGGGAAGCGUGGUGGCGAUGAGAAGGAGGGCAAGAGAACCGAGGUGCUUGUCCUCGGAGUAGGCGAGGAGGUUGCAAUGACUGGCGAGGGCGUUUGGAAUGUCGAGUCCGGGGCGCAGGUGCUACCCCCUUCUAGAGGAUUGCCCGAGCUUGAGAGGAAACUGAAGGGCCGGGCGAGGGGGCGGGGGUUGGCGCCGGUUGACACGACGGCCAAAUAUGGUCCUCGGCGAUGA